CAACAGGCAACAAAACGCAGAACGAAGACGAAAAUAAAGACGAGGAAUCCAGAAUUUGACGAAACAGUUGAGUAUCAUGGCGUGGAGGAGGAAGACCUGCAGAGGAAGAUGUUGAGGAUCACAGUGUUUGAUGAAACCCGACUAAGUAGCAAAUUCAUAGGCGAGACUAUGAUCAUGUUGAAAUCUUUGGUCACAGACCGAACAAAAGACUACAGUGUGUAUUUGUCCGGCCUACAAGAAAUGCGAAAGGUAAGUGACCACGAUCGGGGUCGGAUAUUGGUCGGCAUGAUGUACAACUCCUCCCGCAACCAGCUGCACAUCGCCAUCAAGAGGUGCGCCAACCUCGUCGCAAUGGACUCUAAUGGGUUUUCUGAUCCUUUCGUUAAACUAUAUUUGAGACCAGAUAAAGACAAGAAAAGCAAGUUCAAGACAAAAGUUCAGUCAAAAACAUUGAAUCCAGAAUUUAACGAAGAAUUCGUUUACAGCGUAAAGACCAACGAGCUGAUAAACAAGACAUUGGAUGUUUCCGUCUGGGAUAAAGACUUCGCCAGGAAUGAAUAUAUAGGCAUGCUAUUGCAAUUUUUGUUGUUGUUGUUGGUGGUACUGUUCCACUGGAUGGAGGUCAUCAACAACAACAACCAGUUCUUCGAGAGAUGGCACGUUCUCAAGAACAUUCACCAUCACUGA